GGUCCUCGACCCCUUGCCUCGCCUUGCCUCUUCCCGUGGAGCGUUACUCACAUCCGAAUAAGCGUUAAUGUCCGACACGUUAGGAGCACGCCUGCCUGCAGAACUCAUCCAGACAAUCCUGGUGCGACUUGAUGAGAGGUCAAGGCGUUCAUGGUACGGGAAGCCACUGAAGUGAGGAUUGACCACUUGCAGCUUGGUCUGCCGCCACUGGGCCAAGUUCAUCAGGCCCAUCCUAUUCGAAGAUCUCACUCUCAGCAACGCGGAGGAUGUGUCCCAGCUGUUCGCGUUCCUCGGCACCCCCAAAUUCCUAGGCAGUCCCCUCAGACGCUGCAUUCGCCGUCUGCAUCUCGUCGAAGACUAGACGUCUUCCAGCAUAUCAUGGAUCCACCAAUACUUUCUUAUGGGAUUUAACCAGCUCCGUUUAGAGUGCAUUACUUGUACAGUACGGGGCACCCCAUCAGACAACCAGCCAGAGCUUCGACAGACUUUAAGGCUGUCGUCGCUGCCGUUCGCUCUGCUUCCCAGAACACUCCCUGUGUCUACGACCCAUUUGGCCAACGUUAACCUCCGUGGCCUACGGCUAUCAUCCCCUCACAUUCUGAUACGCUUUGACAUGCAACUGCAGGCCAGCAUGCUCUCUCUUAAUGACAUUGUUUUCCAGAGGGGAGCCCAAACCCUCGACGUAUCCCACAGCCACGCUCUUCUUCCCGAACUUUGUCGCACGACGAGCACCGUUAUUAUCAAUUUAACGACUGCGUCAGGGAGCCGUCGAGCAUUCCAUUCUGGGUCACACUAUCCAAUGCCCUUCUCUCCAGCCGGCGCCGCCCGCCAUCAGUGGACGAUAACAUUGACCAGGCAGUGGCAAAGCAUCUUCAUCUGUCUACAUCGCUUCAUAAUUACGGCGUCACACAGCUGACGGUCGAGUUUCGUCAUUUUAUGCCUGGCAUAUAUGUGAGUGUCAAUGUCCUUCGGGUGGACGAGUGUCAUGGAGGUAUGGUAAUAACGCUAAAAUAGAUCUACCGGUACUCCAUUCUUGAUAUUCCGCCACACAACUGGUUCAAGCUCGCCAGCGUAAGAAUGGUACAGGAUAUAACUGGCAGCGACACCCGUGCACGAAUCGAUGGGGUCACCUUCACAUAUCCAGACAGUGGUGACAUUAACAUGUCUUCGGUACUCGCACAACUAGAGGCCGCGCUCAUCGACAUGAACGGCCCUGAUGUUCCCAGACUGUGCGUCAGGUCUAUAACCGAGGAGACCGGCAGGGCUCUAAUCGACGGGAUACUGGGAAAACGUUUCUUAACGCAACUUUGUAUGUAUCCAACAAAGGUCUCCAUCCAGAUCGCCAACCCCUGGACCGCUGGAGAGAUCUUCUCCGCACCGACAUGCAUCAGCUGGGACGACGAGACCAUCCCGCUCACCACCGCUCAGCGCACAGAAUGGGUGCUGCGCAAAAAAAUACCCACAAUCCGAUACGAGGGACGCCUACUUACAGGAGCUGCUGCACGCCGCCCGCAAGGCCAAGGCGACGACGAGCGCGAGUGCUGCGACGGAACAAUGUGCUGUACGGGGGACUACAGGACUCCGCGGCAGGGCAGAUGCAGGAGGUUGCGGAGGACGAGGGCGAGGACGAGAAGAAGGAAGAGAAGGACGAGGAGUGAGAAGGCGAAGAAGAAUUGGGCAAUGAUCGGGACUAGGAGGCGCAAUGCUGAGGACAGGGUAGGCUGGCAUGCGUCGUCGUCGAAGGAUCAUGGAUGGGAGUGGGCGUCGGGCUGGGUUAUUGGGAGGAAAGGUGGAGGUCUUCACUGGGCGAAUAGAGCGAGCGGCGGGCAGUGGCAAGCAGACAGCGAUAUAUCUUUGGACGAUCAGUGUACGUGAUCUCUGGUGCGGACAGUUUCUUAUCCUUGCAAAUUGCUGUAAUUUCCCGAUUUCUGCAGUGUCGUACAUGUCUCGGUUGUGGUUUCUCGUACACCCUUUUCUGGCUCGGUAUUAUCAGGCUCACAAGCAUCUAUUAUCUGGCCGUGGAAGAGUUUGAGUAGUUACAUAUUCGCUGGCCGACAUGGUUAUGUACUUGGUUCAUUACAUUGCGAUGUGUUACGAUUGACGACACUCUAUCGCCCGGGUCGCAAAUACAUCAAAUCUGCGUAGAUUCGGCGGUGAGUG